UUGAUUUUUCGUACUACGAAGGACGCCGUCGCUCGACUCGCGCGUCCUCCAUAUUGCUGUUUCAUGUUGUAAUUUGUGUGUCGCCUCGUGAUGCAUUUUGUGAAAUAAUUGUUGUUGGUGACCUGCUGUACGCAUCGACCUGCAACGAAUCGUUCCUUCCUUGACGACGCAACACAUAGAAAAUGUCGCGUUACGGCUCCGACUGUAAGGUAUAUGUGGGUGAUUUGGGCAACAACGCCUCCAAGCAGGAGUUAGAAGAUGCCUUCAGCUAUUACGGACCGCUGCGCAAUGUGUGGGUGGCGAGGAACCCGCCAGGUUUUGCAUUCGUUGAAUUCGAAGAUGCUCGCGAUGCCGAAGAUGCGAUACGCGGCUUAGGUAAAGAUGGACGCACAAUUUGCGGACGCCGUGCGCGUGUGGAGAUGUCAAAUGGUAAAACUGGCGCGGGGCGCUUCAGAGGGCCGCCCCCGCGUUCACGUGGACGCCCCUUCCAUCCCGAUGACAGGUGUUACGAAUGCGGGGAUCGUGGGCAUUAUGCACGCGACUGCAACCGCUAUAAGCGCGGCGGAAGACGCAGGUAUAGUCUGUGGCCGAUAGUCAGGUAACGAACGAACGAGUCGAGAGCACGAGAGCGCGCUCGAUGAGAAACAUGAUCUGAAUCGCACGCACGCACGGCGCACGCAGUGAGACGAAUUCGUUCACUUCCGGCGCUCGCAGCUCGCAAUCGCCAGUCGACCCGCCGCCGCCGCCGCGACGCUCUCAGAGAGUGCCGCCGCCGCCUCGGCCCGCUCGCUCGCUGCGCACAGAGCCCUGCCGCAACCUCGUAGUAGACCUACCUCGAACCUCCUCUGUCAGUAUGCUCCGGCGGUGAACACACACCCUCUGCUCAGUUCAAUUCGAAUCGUUUGUGUCGGGCGUUUGAUUCUAUUGCUACCAUUAUGCCUACCCAACAAUGAUCGAUCACGACACAGCGCUGACUGACUCGCUCGCAGACCAAAUGGUAAAAUGUAUUUCUAAAUAUCUUAUAUCUUUAACCACAUUUGAUAUUAUAUACAUUCGAUUUCAUUCAAUUGGUAUAUUGCGUUGUUUUUUUCAAAUCAAAGAGAAAAGACAAAGACUACUAAUCUGGUGUAUGAAGCACGCACACACUCUUAAUUUGUGUUGAGUCAAUUAUUCUAAAACAAAAUACAAUACCAAAGACAAUGAAACGAAAAACCGAAAUUUUGCAUUUUACACACCGAUACACGAGCGCCGAUCGUCCAAUCUGCAAUGAAUCGAAUCAAGUCAAGUCGUUGAGCGAUGGAAUGAGCGUCUACGAGGUCUACCUACCAGUCUACAAAACGAAAAUGGCGUUCGGUUCCACUUGGUUGCUUAUCGAACCGAACGGCAAUUCCGUUUUUGGCUUGCUGCAAGUCGUGAAGAGAGAUCAAGCGUCGAGCCUCGACCACGAUAAUAGAGACGUUAUUUUAGUUCUUGUGCAUUUCAAGUAUUUAUUAGUUCACUACUACUUUUAACAUACGUACUCAUCUUGUAAGCAGUUUCACAAUCAAACAUCAUAUCUUAUGGUUUUUGCAUUGACUGCAAUAAUUAGCAGAGAAACAAUACAAAUAAAAGAAAUGUUUGGGCAGACACUGACAAGAUAAACGUUUAACGCAUCUCCAACUGUGUUCACAGGUCUCGCAGCCGUUCCAGGAGCAGGUCACGGGAUCGCCGCAGUCGUUCGCGCAGCGCGUCCAGGUCCAGAAGCAGGAGUCGCAAUCGCAGUCGCUCUCGCAGCGCCGCCUCGAAUAAGCGCAGCCGCUCGCGUAGCAAUGAUCG